AUGGUUAUUUCGCCUGUCCUGCCAGCCGCUCUUUCGGCGUUGCAGACGGCGUUGGCGGCUGGGCCGACAGCGGUGUUGACCCAGGACUCUUUGCUCGGCGCCUUCUCCGACUGUGUCUCGAGGGCAUCAGCUCUACGGACUCAGAGAGCGACCUUCAAGAGGCUUUGCUCAAGGCAAGUCAUCAAAUCUUGGAGGAGAAGUUGGAAGGAGGCUCCACAGCCCUGCUCGGACAGCUCAGUGGAUCCACCAUGGCGAUCUUGA